UUUGUCAUUAUUAAAUUUCCAACAACAAAAAAAGGAACUACAGGAAGAAAAUUCAGAAGGGACGUCUCUUCACAUGGUGGAAUGAAACACAGCAGACAAGAAGAAUUCACAGCUCUGUGCUCUUUUGCUGUUUUGUCUCUUCCAUUCUGUCCUGCAAAUUUUGAUCGGAGAAAUCAUUUUCUUCAACCCCUGUUUGUUUCCCGGGAAAAUCCUAUGUUUCCUCGGAAAAAAACUCCGUUUAAUUUCGGAUAUUGCCUGACAUAUUUGUGUUCUUCCAAAUUGUGUUUAAUCUCCCAAGGAAGAUUCCAUUGCUUGUUUCCCUUUAGAAAAACUUUCCUUUUGUAAAUGUCCUGUUUCUUCUUUUUUUUUUUUCUGAGCAUCUCUCUUUAGUCACACGUAUAGCAUAAAAAUCAAAACCCCUAAUUCGUUUUCCUUCGAAAAUUUAAUCCCCUUUUCUCAUUUCCAUUUCAUCUGUAAAAGUUUCAUCCUUGUCUGUUCUUUCUCUCACGUUCACCCCGUUUGUUUCCCGGGAAAAUCAUUACCAUCUGCAAGAAAAACUCAUAUUUUCCCCGGGAAAAUCUCCCGUUUUCUCCAUAAAGUUUCCUCCUUGAUUGUUCUUUCUAUCGCGUUCACCCUGUUUGUUUCCCGGGAAACACAGCCCUUCUGCAUAGAAAAUCUCUUUUUUUUUUCUCGGGAAAAUUCCAGUUUUCAAACCAUGAGGAGUCUUGCGGCAUGUUACAGCGAACACGCCAUUAAAGUAUCGGAUUCAUACUGUUCUGGUCCUUCAAAUCAUUCGUACCUUUCUCCAACCUUACCUCCUUCGAUUCCAGAAUCAGUAACAACAACAUACAAAUCAUAUCUUCCUUCUUCCGACAAAAACAUCUCGUUCUCUCUCACAUGGUCGGAAAAUCUCGCCGUCGUCAUCUCAUCAUCUCCGAAUUCGAAAUCAUACUCUGUAAUCCUCAGAAAACCAAAAGGGUACAAAAAGCUAACACCUUUCGACGCAUUAAACAUCGAAAUAACGUGGGAUCUGUCGCGGGCGAAGUACGAGAACGGACCCGAACCAAUCGGAGGUUUCUCUGUCACCGUCACAGUGAAUUCCGAAACUGCCCUCCAAAUCGGCGACCAAGAAGAAAGUCUCCGACAUGACUCGAGAACAACAACAAGCCCGUCUUGGCGGGUUUCAAGAACUGAGAGAUUCGCAGGGAUUUGUUGGAUCUCGACGAAGGCUCAAUUCUCCGACACCGGAAACCCCCACGAGAUUCUGAUACAAUGCGGCGGCUACGGCGGCCCCGGUGCCGGUAGAGGAGGAGAUGAAGGGUAUUUUUGGAAAUUAAAGAGUCCUGAGACGAUGUCGGUUUGUGUGGACCAGAGGAGGGUGUUCCAUGUGAAGAAGCUGAGAUGGAAUUUCAGAGGGAAUCAGACAAUUUUCUUGGACGGAUUGUUGAUCGACAUGAUGUGGGAUCUUCACGACUGGUUCUUCAGGGAGACGACGUCGUUUCAGAGCGGUUCUUGGAAAACGACGUCGUCUUCGUCGUCUUCAACGUCGUCUUCUUCUUCCCCUGCUUGCGCUGUGUUCAUGUUCAGGACGAGGAGUGGGUUUGAUUCCAGACUGUGGCUUGAAGAAGAAGAGGAAGAGAAAAGGAAGAAGAUGAAUACUAAUAAUAAUUAUUAUAAUAAGAAUGGGUUUUCUUUGUUGAUUUGUGCUUGUUAAAAACCCAGAUUGAUCAAAAAUCUUUUAAUU